AUGGCUACUGUUCCUACAAAUCAUCACGCUGGCUUCUGGCAAGGAAGACCUGAACAUUCUUACCAAGUCUCCAAUAUGAACAUCAACACCAUGGUACCUCACUACGAUGCCCCGCGGUCUGCCGCGAACCACCACACCCCAAGAAGCUAUCAACCAACAACUUCGCACAUGGAUAUGAACCUGCCUCUCUUCUCGUCAACCCCCUUGAGCAGCUCAGUCCCAUACCAACCUGGAGCGUACGCUUUCGACCCGGCUUCAGCGAAUCCAUACAACGUACAAUUCUCCACGAUUAACUAUGCGCCAAAUGUUUCCCAAUCUGUCUCAUUUGCCGGUGUUCCAGAUGUUCAAACACUUCCAACCGUAAGAGAAGCACGCAAUGCUUUCUCGCUUGACGGUCAUCUCAUGGUCAAAUCCGAGAGCCAAUCUGCUGUUGUUGCGAACUCAAUGUACAAUGACGGUUCCUACUCUGGAGAGCUCAAGCGAUCCCAAUCUGAGCCAACUGAAAGUACUGUGACCAACUUUGGCACCGACGUGGACACCCUGAUGAAAGCUAUUCAGGCCAGACAACCACCCUCCUCUCCGCGAUCAGAGUGCUCCGAGGGAACACGUACAAAGGGCAGCCAGAAGCCGAAGAAGAAGUACUCGUGCAACAUGCUUAACUGUAGUAAGAACUUCUACCAGAAGACUCAUCUUGAGAUUCACAUCCGCGCCCACACUGGUCAGAAGCCUUUCCUCUGCACCGCACCAAACUGUGGACAAAGAUUUUCACAGUUGGGUAACCUCAAAACACAUGAGAGGCGACACACUGGAGAACGACCGUACAGCUGCGACAUUUGCGGCAAGACCUUUGCUCAGCGUGGUAACGUUCGCGCACACAAAAUUGUGCAUCAGCAGGAUAAGCCUUUCAACUGCCAGCUUGACGAUUGCGGAAAGCAAUUCACUCAGUUGGGUAACUUGAAGUCACACCAAAACAAGUUCCACGCAUCCACACUGAGACACCUCACUCUGAAGUUUGCCACAAUUCACUCAGCCGAGUAUGUGUCCAACGAAGACAAGGCCCUUUGGGAGUACUUUGCGUCUCUCUACAAAAACUCCAACAAAGGUAUCAAGGGCCGAGGCAAAGACAGGCGGAUAUCAGCGGUGCCAUCCGCGACUGUUCCGCAACACUCGGCAUACAUGGCUCUACCCAUGGACACAAUGAACCAAAGCUAUCCUAGCUCCUUUCAUCCAAUUGAAAGCGACCGCAGCAGCCGCAGCUCGUCCAUGUUUUCGGACAACACACAGCCUAAAUCUGACAAUGGAUACGACUUCAACGCUCCUCUCACAGCUACGUACCCGGCUCAAGCCGCAGAGUACGACAUGGUUUUCCCCGAGCGAAGGCUCUAUUAA